GCAAAAUGACAACCGUCUGAUUGUAAACUAAAAAAUAUCAACGAUGAGAGAUGAAUGUUUCGAGUGUAGCCAGCCAUUUGGUAGAGAGAAGUGUUGUAAAAUUGUUCUACGAAAAAGAAAAAGAAAAAUGAGAAAUUUUAAAAAGACAAUUUUGCAAAAUCUGGAAAAACAAAGAAACAAACAAAGAAGAGAUGAGAGAGAGGAGGAGACAGAGAAUUAAAUUAGAGGAGCAGAGGGGAGAGAGAGAGAGAGUGAGUGAUUAUUAAGGUUAUGGCGGCGUUGCAGAGCGCGAGAAAGGCGAUGAAACCUCUCUGAUCUCUCUUCUCCUUCUUCCUCUUUCUCUCUGUGUGUUUCUUAAAUACUCUCUCUCUCUCUCGUACCGACAAACGAGCUUUGCUUUUACCAGACUAUCAAAAGCUACUCAAACUUCAAUUCAAUACACUACAAACCCAGAGAAUGAAUUCUACCUAAACCCUAGAAAUCCUCUUCCCUCCCAAUAGUCUCGAAGAUCUAGAGCGAUAAAGUAAUAGUAUAGUAUAGCCACUAAAAAAAAGAUAGGAUCUUUGAUUUUGGGUUUGUUUCAUUUCUCUGGAAAAGAUAUUGGAGAGUGGGGGUAUGGGUGGUCGAAGCAGCGCCGGUGAAUGGCGGGGUUUUUCUCGCUAGACGGCGGAGGAGGAGGCGGAGGCGGAGGAAACAGCCAAGAAGAACACCGGAGCAACACGAAUCCUCCUCCGCCUGUACCAGAGGCUUGGCUCUGGUACAGAAACCCUAACGCAAACACAAACGCUCCUUCCUCUUCAAACGCUGCUUUAGGCACACUUGAGCUAUGGCAAAACCACAAUCAGCAAGAAAUCAUGUUCCAGCAUCAACAGCAUCAGCAGAGGUUGGAUCUUUACUCCUCCGCCGCUGGUUUAGGAGUCGGACCAAGCAACCAUAGCCAGUUCGAUAUCACCGGCGAAACCUCAACCGCCGGCGCCGGAAGAUCCGCAGAGCUGAUGAUGAUACGGAGUGGUGGCAGCGGAGGAGGAGGAGGAAACGGUGUGAGCUGUCAAGACUGUGGGAAUCAGGCGAAGAAAGAUUGCGCUCACAUGAGGUGUCGAACUUGCUGCAAGAGCCGGGGCUUCGAGUGUCCUACUCACGUGAGGAGCACGUGGGUUCCUGCUGCUAAACGCCGUGAGAGACAACAGCAGCUAGCCAUAGUUCAGCCGCACACGCACCUGCUACGCGGUGAAAGCGUCCCGAAACGCCAACGGGAGAAUUUGCCGGCAACUUCUUCGUCUCUUGUCUGCACUCGCAUUCCUACUCACCACAACACUUCAGGGUUAGAGGUUGGGAAUUUCCCGGCGGAGGUGAACUCACCGGCAGUGUUUAGAUGCGUGCGAGUGAGCUCAGUGGAAGAUGGAGAAGAAGAGUUUGCUUACCAAACAGCCGUAAGCAUAGGUGGUCACAUCUUCAAAGGCAUUCUCUACGAUCACGGUACUGGAAGUAGCGGCGGCGGUUCUGUGACUGUUGCAACUGCUUCUUCCUCCACUCCAAACGCCGGUGGUAUUGGCAGCUCCUCCGUGGCGGCCGCGACUUACAUUGACCCAGCCGCUCUUUAUCCGACUCCUAUCAACACUUUCAUGGCCGGUACACAAUUCUUUCCCAACCCAAGAUCAUGAUCAAUCUGACAUAAAGCAACAUAACUCUUUCGUGUUCUUAGAAUAGCAUUAGGGUUUUAAAACCGUUAAUUGUUGGAUCAUAUUACAUAAAGUUUCAGAAGUGGGGACAGUUUAGGAGGAAAUUAAGUGGAUCUGUUUAGACUUCUUCUGGAUACUCAAUGUUGUUGCAAUUUUAGGGUUUUAAAGGGAAAUUUAAUUCAAAUAAUAUCAUCUUCUUAUUAUAAUGAUUUUGUGAGGAGCGCAAUUUUUUGUGUAUUAAUAUUUAAAUGUCAGGAGCACAAUAUAGCUCUUGCUGUCUGAAUCUUUGUUUCAUUAAUGUGUCUGUUUCUUGUUUGUGUAACACGUAACCUUAGAAUCCGGGGAUAAUGUUUCUCAUCUUUACAUCAACCUUUUG